CCGGGCGGCGCGCGUCCGCUCUCCUCGGCUCCGGGAUGAUCGGCCAGAAGACCCUCUACUCCUUCUUCUCCCCGUGCCCCGCCGGGAAGCGACGUGCCCGCAGUCCCGAGCCGGCCCACCCGGGGACCGGCGUGGCGGCGGUAGCUGAGGAGAGCGGGAAUGCGGCUGUGAGGAGCGGCGGGGACCGGGCACCAGGGACAAGGGACGGGGAGGAAGGCGACGGGCCCCGCUCGGCCGAAGGGUUGCAGGGACGCGCCAGCGACUUGGCCAGUCCUCCCAAGAAGGCCCGGGCCGUGCAGGAGGACCCCGGCACGCCGCCCUCCUCGCCGCUGAGUCCCGAGCAGCUGGUCCGCAUCCAGAGGAACAAGGCCGCCGCCCUGCUCAGACUCGCCGCGCGCAACGUGCCGGUGGGUUUCGGUGAGAGUUGGAAGAAGCCGCUCAGCGCAGAGUUCGGGAAGCCGUAUUUCAUCAAGCUAAUGGGAUUUGUCGCGGAAGAAAGAAAACAUCACACUGUUUAUCCACCCCCGCACCAAGUCUUCACGUGGACCCAAAUGUGUGACAUAAGACAAGUGAAGGUUGUCAUCCUGGGCCAGGAUCCCUAUCAUGGACCCAACCAAGCCCAUGGGCUCUGCUUUAGUGUUCAAAGACCCGUUCCACCGCCACCCAGUUUGGAAAACAUUUAUAAAGAGCUGUCUACAGACAUCGAUGGUUUCGUUCAUCCUGGUCACGGAGAUUUAUCCGGCUGGGCCAAGCAAGGUGUUCUCCUACUCAACGCUGUCCUCACGGUCCGGGCACAUCAGGCUAAUUCUCAUAAGGAGAGGGGAUGGGAGCAGUUUACUGAUGCGGUUGUGUCCUGGCUAAAUCAGAACUCCAGUGGCCUUGUCUUCUUGCUCUGGGGCUCUUACGCUCAGAAGAAAGGCAGUGCCAUCGACAGGAAACGCCACCACGUGCUGCAGACCGCACACCCCUCCCCGUUGUCGGUGUACAGAGGGUUCUUUGGAUGUAGACAUUUCUCUAAAACCAAUGAGCUGCUGCGGAAGUCUGGCAAGGAGCCCAUCAACUGGAAGGAUCUGUGACCCUGAACUGGAGGGCUUUCUCUGGGCAGUUUUCUAGAAACUGCUCUCAAACUAUGCCAGGAGUAGCAGCUUGACCCAGACAGAAGCAGCAAAAGCUCUACCCUGGCUGGGGUCAUGUGUCUGUCUUGGCAGCACGGCCUCGGCCUAAAACCAGACGUUCACGUUAUCUGGGAGAGAGUAGGGGAUCAAAUACAGAGACAGCUCUCUGUCACCUUUAUGGUAAAAGGGGAUGGGGACAGAAGUGCCUAUUGGUACAAGCUAGCUGCUAUUUGUUUUUACCUGGCAGGUUAGACUUUAGGUUGUAAGGUGUCAGGUGUGUUUAUCUAGAAGCACCCCCCCGCCCCAUGCCCCACCUGGCAUUUCAGUUCUUGGCCAAGUACAGUGUUCCCUUUCCGGAGCCCUCAGGCCCCUCCUUGAAGGAAGCAAGAGGACAAUUUGCAAGUGCCCAGAAAUUUAGGGAUGAAAGUUCCUGAGGACUAGUCCUCUGUGUGAGCCUUCACAGACAGGCAGAGGGAAGUGAGCUGGGGCUUGUUUUCACAGUUCAUCCUCUGGAUGUUCCACGGAAUGAACAGUGGAAGUUGAACUGGAAGAAGAGAAAGGGGAAUUUUUAAAUUUUUUUUUUAAGCGAGGAAAUGCUUUUCUUCUAGGUGUAUCCUGAGUUGGGGUUUUUAAGGCAGCACAGACUGCCAAAUGCUAUUUUUUUAUGGACUGAAAUCACAUGGGGAUUUUUUUUUUCAUGCAACACUGGUGAAUUUUGCUGUUUUAAAGAUACUUCUGCAGAUGUGUAUAUAUAUAUUUUGUAAUCUUUUGUUGGGAGACAAUCUUUGUGAGGUCUGUACCUCUGUCCUAGAUCCUGUUAGAGAUGCCGUUGAUGUGUUAACCGGGGGAAGAGUUAACCCCGGGUGAGUGUGGGAAUAAAAGAUUGUUGAAGUUUC